GCCCACAAAUUGAGAGUUCCGGGACGCCAGAGUGCAGCAACGAGAACAGGCCUUCCGAGCCUCAGUGUCUUCCUCUGGGCUCAGAGACUCCUGGCGACCAAUCGCGCUUGGCGUAAGAGUUAACACCCCGCCUCUGGCCUGUGGGUGUGCGAGAGAGGACACAACGGGGUCAGCCAUAUUUACUAAGGGCGGAAAUGACGUAACUCCCAGUUGGGCCGGUGCAAAGUGAAAGGGAACUAAAAUAACGUUAUCGACUUACCGGGCUAUUGACUGGGGCGCGCGGUGGCACGUUCAUUUUCUGCGUCCGUGUUCCUCACUUCCGCUUGUGAGGCUUUCAAGUCGGAGGAAGCAUUUCUAAGGAACAGCCCAGGACUCACACACUUCAUCUAAGUAGCCUUUAGACACUGCAGAAUUGAUAGCAUUGGACUUUUUCAAAAUGAGCUUCCUCUUGCCCAAACUGACCAGCAAGAAAGAAGUAGACCAGGCAAUCAAAAGCACUGCGGAGAAGGUGUUGGUUCUCAGGUUUGGGAGGGAUGAGGACCCCGUCUGUCUGCAGCUGGAUGAUAUCCUUUCAAAGACUUCAGCUGACCUGAGUAAAAUGGCUGCUAUUUACCUGGUGGACGUGGACCACACUCCAGUGUACACACAGUAUUUUGACAUCAGUUACAUUCCCUCUACUGUAUUUUUCUUCAAUGGACAGCACAUGAAGGUGGAUUAUGGGUCUCCGGAUCACACUAAAUUCGUAGGAAGCUUCAAAACCAAACAAGACUUCAUAGAUUUGAUUGAAGUUAUCUACCGGGGAGCGAUGAGGGGGAAGCUUAUUGUCCAGAGUCCUAUUGAUCCCAAGAAUGUACCCAAAUAUGACCUCCUCUACCAAGACAUUUAACACACUCAACUGCUGUUGGAGAUGAGAGAGGCACAGGUUGAAACAGGGCCUGAACCCAGAGGGCCUGUGGUCUGGAGUCCCUCAGAGACAUGUUCACUGCCUGAGCAAAGAGGUUUGAGGUGUCUGUAAUCAAUGGCCCCUUGGCAGAAGCCCCAGCACUCCAAGAAUCAAGAUGCCUGAGUGUCCAUUCCCUGAGAGCCUCAGAGCAGUGAGGCAAGUGUCCAGGUGGUGUUUUGUUUGUAAUUUCCCUUUAUCUUGACUUUUCUUUACCCCUUAAGGACAAGCGUCCUUCUCGACACUGUGAGAACAGCUUGAUUACCCAUGUGUGUGCACACACAUUCUCCCUCAUGCCUCCGUUCACUUGCCCCUUUUGCUCCCUCCUAUCCCAGCUUCUCUUGAACUAACUAAUAAUUAGAAGCAGGUGAGUACAUUUGUUUCUUCACAGACUAAAAGCAGUACCCUGGUCCACCUAUUUAUAGCUGGCAGCCCAUUAAUUACCAAGAGAAAAAUGUGGCUCUUCACCAUCCAGCACAGUUUGAACUAAACAACAGGUUAACUGCUCUUGAGAAGUAAGGGACAGAGCUCCCCAGAAAGCACUGCCACUCCUUAUUCCAAGGACUAAAGACCAAAAGGAUACCAGAUUGUUAAGGGGGGAAUGCCUUGAGGGGUUUGCAAUUCCAAGGGCUUUUAAAGAAGGUGACCCAACCUCAGGAAACUUGUGUUUCUCUUAAGCCUUAUGGUAGUGGUUGUCCCUGUCAUUCUGGAAUGAGAGAGUAGGUACAGAGCUGGAGGGCUAUGGCCAGGCAGCUUGUGGCCGGCUGGGCAGCAAGAGACUUGUUGCCAGCAGAGGCCGAGGUGUGUAGGAGGUGGGGCCAACCCUGGCAUCAGCUGCUUAUUUCUAAGCUUGUCCUUUAGGGGAAAGUGGAACAGGACCUGGUUCUGACAGAUGGGACACAGAAAGAAGGUUGUUUGUGUUUUCUGUGUCCUCUGCCUAAAACCAAGAGAUGCAAAAAACCCUUUCCCACCACCUCCUUAUGACGCAUGGGGCUAAGGCAGCCACCCUGGGCAUAUGGAUGAAAACUUGGAGAUUGUAAGAGUCUGAUCCCUAGUGCUACUGAAGUCCUAGGUGAACAAUAAACUUUCCUCCACAUCCCUGUGAUAGAAUAAAAGGUCUUUGUCCAA